GUCAGGCCGUCGCUACGGAAGCCGAGUUGGGCCCGCGGCGACGGCGCGAGCGAGGCUGAGCCGGGUGCCCGCGUGCUGCCGACCCGCCCUCUCCCCGCGUCCCCAGCCGCGGCCCCGGCUCCGGCCCCAGAAGUCUCCGGGAGCAGCCGUCCAGCAGCCACAGCCAUGGUGAAGGAGCAGUUCCGCGAGACGGACGUGGCCAAGAAAAUAAGCCAUAUCUGUUUUGGAAUGAAGUCACCUGAAGAAAUGCGCCAGCAGGCUCACAUCCAGGUUGUUAGUAAGAACUUAUAUAGUCAGGACAAUCACCACUCUCCCCUGCUUUAUGGAGUUCUUGAUCAUAGGAUGGGUACAAGUGAGAAGGAUCGUCCUUGUGAAACCUGUGGGAAGAAUUUAGCAGAAUGUUUGGGACAUUAUGGAUACAUUGACUUGGAAUUGCCAUGUUUUCAUGUGGGAUAUUUCAAAGCUGUCAUAGGUGUUCUACAGAUGAUCUGUAAAACUUGCUGCCACAUUAUGCUGUCCCAGGAGGAAAGGAAACAAUUUUUGGAUUACCUAAAAAGGCCUGGUCUCACUUAUCUACAGAAAAGAGGGCUCAAAAAGAAAAUCUCUGACAAAUGCAAGAAAAAAAAUACUUGUCAUCAUUGUGGAGCUUUUAAUGGUACUGUGAAGAAGUGUGGCUUGUUGAAGAUAAUUCACGAGAAGUACAAGACCAAUAAAAAAGUAGUGGAUCCUGUUGUGUCUAAUUUCCUUCAGUCAUUUGAAACUGCCAUUGAAUAUAACAAAGAAGUAGAGCCCCUCCUAGGAAGAGCCCAGGAAAAUUUGAAUCCCUUGGUGGUCCUGAACUUAUUUAAAAGAAUCCCGGCUGAAGAUAUCCCUCUCCUUCUAAUGAACCCAGAAGCAGGGAAGCCCUCCGACUUGAUUCUCACUCGCCUUUUGGUACCUCCUUUGUGUAUCAGGCCCUCUGUUGUGAGCGAUCUGAAGUCUGGCACAAAUGAAGAUGACUUGACCAUGAAACUGACAGAAAUCAUCUUCCUUAAUGAUGUUAUCAAAAAGCAUCGGAUAUCAGGCGCCAAAACACAGAUGAUCAUGGAAGAUUGGGAUUUUCUGCAGCUCCAGUGUGCCCUCUACAUCAACAGCGAACUCUCAGGUAUACCCCUCAAUAUGGCGCCUAAGAAAUGGACCAGAGGUUUUGUUCAGCGGUUGAAAGGAAAACAAGGUCGCUUUAGAGGAAAUCUCUCUGGAAAAAGGGUAGACUUUUCUGGCAGGACGGUCAUCUCACCUGACCCCAAUCUCCGAAUAGAUGAAGUGGCUGUACCAGUUCAUGUGGCCAAAAUAUUAACCUUCCCUGAGAAGGUAAAUAAAGCAAACAUCAAUUUUAUGAGGAAACUCGUUAGAAAUGGUCCUGAAAUUCACCCAGGAGCCAAUUUCAUUCAGCAACGGCACAUGCAAAUGAAAAGGUUUCUGAAGUAUGGAAAUCGGGAGAAGAUGGCCCAAGAACUCAAGUAUGGUGACAUCGUAGAGAGACAUCUCAUAGAUGGUGAUGUGGUGUUAUUCAAUCGACAGCCCUCGCUGCACAAAUUGAGCAUCAUGGCUCACUUAGCAAGAGUAAAACCCCACCGGACCUUCAGAUUUAAUGAAUGUGUAUGUACGCCCUAUAAUGCUGAUUUUGAUGGAGAUGAAAUGAACCUUCAUCUUCCUCAGACUGAAGAAGCUAAGGCAGAGGCUCUUGUUCUGAUGGGGACAAAAGCAAACCUGGUAACGCCAAGAAAUGGGGAACCACUGAUUGCUGCUAUUCAAGAUUUCUUGACAGGUGCCUACCUUCUUACUCUUAAAGAUACUUUCUUUGAUCGAGCUAAAGCUUGUCAGAUCAUUGCUUCCAUUCUAGUUGGCAAGGAUGAGAAAAUUAAAGUUCGCCUUCCACCUCCAACAAUCCUAAAGCCCGUUACCCUGUGGACUGGAAAACAAGUCUUCAGCCUCAUCCUUCAGCCCAGUGAUGAGAAUCCCGUGAGAGCCAAUCUUCGAACGAAGGGCAAGCAGUACUGUGGCCGUGGGGAGGACCUCUGUGUUAAUGACUCCUAUGUGACCAUCCAGAACAGCGAAUUAAUGAGUGGCAGCAUGGACAAAGGAACUUUAGGAUCCGGAUCCAAGAACAACAUCUUUUACAUUUUGUUGAGAGAUUGGGGGCAGAUUGAGGCUGCUGAUGCAAUGUCACGACUCGCCAGGCUGGCACCUGUUUAUCUGUCUAACCGAGGCUUCUCCAUUGGGAUCGGCGAUGUCACGCCAGGCCAGGGACUGCUCAAGGCCAAGUACGAAUUACUGAAUGCCGGCUACAAAAAAUGUGAUGAAUAUAUUGAAGCCUUGAACACAGGCAAACUGCAGCAGCAACCUGGCUGUACCGCGGAGGAGACCUUAGAGGCGUUGAUCCUUAAGGAGCUCUCUGUGAUCCGAGACCACGCUGGCAGUGCUUGCCUCCGAGAGCUGGAUAAGAGCAACAGCCCCCUUAUCAUGGCUCUUUGCGGAUCUAAAGGUUCUUUCAUUAAUAUAUCCCAGAUGAUUGCUUGUGUGGGACAGCAAGCUAUCAGUGGCUCUCGAGUGCCGGAUGGUUUUGAGAACAGAUCCUUACCUCACUUUGAGAAGCAUUCAAAGCUUCCAGCUGCCAAAGGUUUUGUUGCUAAUAGCUUUUAUUCUGGUUUGACACCGACGGAGUUUUUCUUCCAUACAAUGGCUGGCCGGGAAGGACUGGUUGAUACGGCUGUCAAGACAGCUGAGACAGGAUAUAUGCAGAGAAGGCUUGUGAAAUCUCUUGAAGAUCUUUGCUCACAAUAUGACCUUACUGUCCGAAGCUCGACUGGUGAUAUUAUCCAGUUUAUUUAUGGUGGUGAUGGCUUGGAUCCUGCAGCCAUGGAGGGAAAAGAUGAGCCCUUGGAGUUCAAAAGAGUGCUUGAUAACAUCAAAGCAGUCUUCCCAUGCCAGAGUGAGCCAGCCCUCAGUAAAAAUGAGUUGGUGCUUACGACUGAGUCAAUCAUGAAGAGAAAUGAAUUCCUCUGCUGCCAGGACAGCUUUCUUCAGGAAAUAAAAAAAUUUAUCAAGGUUGUUUCUGAGAAGAUCAAGAAAACUAGAGAUAAAUACGGCAUCAACGACAACGGAACGACAGAGCCGCGUGUGCUGUACCAGCUGGAUCGAGUCACUCCCACCCAGAUAGAGAAGUUUCUUGAGACCUGCCGGGACAAGUAUAUGAGGGCACAGAUGGAGCCUGGUUCUGCAGUGGGUGCGCUCUGUGCUCAGAGCAUUGGCGAGCCUGGCACACAGAUGACGCUAAAGACCUUCCACUUUGCAGGUGUUGCUUCCAUGAACAUCACUCUGGGUGUGCCCCGCAUCAAAGAAAUUAUCAAUGCCUCCAAGGCCAUCAGCACUCCGAUUAUCACGGCCCAGCUAGACAAGGAUGAUGACGCCGACUAUGCCCGUCUCGUGAAAGGGCGAAUUGAGAAAACUCUCUUGGGAGAGAUUUCUGAGUACAUCGAAGAGGUCUUUCUCCCUGAUGAUUGUUUUAUUCUCGUCAAGCUCUCAUUGGAACGCAUUAGACUUCUGAGACUAGAGGUGAAUGCUGAAACUGUGCGUUACUCCAUCUGCACCUCAAAGCUUCGAGUAAAGCCUGGAGACGUGGCUGUUCACGGGGAGGCCGUGCUCUGUGUUACCCCACGAGAAAACAGCAAGAGCUCCAUGUACUAUGUGCUGCAGUUUCUCAAAGAAGACCUCCCAAAGGUUGUGGUACAAGGUAUCCCAGAGGUGGCAAGAGCCGUGAUACAUAUUGAUGAGCAGAGUGGAAAGGAGAAGUACAAGCUGCUGGUGGAAGGCGACAACCUCAGGGCUGUCAUGGCGACUCACGGCGUCCAGGGCACCAAGACGACUUCCAAUAACACAUAUGAGGUAGAGAAAACCCUGGGCAUCGAAGCUGCACGGUCCACCAUUAUUAAUGAGAUCCAGUACACCAUGGUCAACCAUGGCAUGAGCAUUGACAGGAGACACGUCAUGCUGCUUUCAGAUCUCAUGACAUACAAGGGUGAAGUUCUGGGCAUUACUAGGUUUGGCCUGGCCAAAAUGAAGGAAAGCGUGCUGAUGCUGGCUUCCUUUGAAAAGACUGCCGACCAUCUCUUUGAUGCGGCCUACUUUGGGCAGAAGGAUUCUGUGUGUGGUGUUUCUGAGUGCAUUAUCAUGGGAAUCCCAAUGAACAUUGGAACCGGUCUCUUCAAGCUGCUACAUAAAGCUGACAGGGACCCACACCCUCCCAAAAGGCCCCUCAUCUUUGAUACAAAUGAAUUUCACAUUCCGCUUGUCACAUAGCACAUGUCGGAGAGUGGAGCAGAGACAGUCCUGAUCCGGAGCUACCUUUCCAUGCCAGUCUAUCUAGAAAGGAGGGGACUUGGGGGCUGUUGCUGUUGUCCUCCCCAGAGCCAAGCGAAGAGCUGCCUGGUGCCGGCAUUCACAGGAUGCAUGCUCCGAGGAGCAGCACCUGAUACACUGGAUUUCGGGAGACCAUCUGGGGGAUGUGAAACAUGCCAACAUUUUCCGGGACUAAUGACCCAGAAAUGUGCUGCUCUGAAGAAUGUCCUAUUUUGAGGCUUCUUUACACGGACAUCUCAACACCUAGCUCCUUCCCAUCCUGAUUCUAGUAGACACUUGUCAUAAAAUCUGUAAAGUCUUGUUUGAGGACUCCUGUUAAACAUGCCGCUAGGGUCUCUUCAUGGCAACCCCUGCCCUAAUGACAUCAGUAGUUUUUUCUUAUCUGCUUUGGUGGCUUAAAGUAUCUUCCUGCUGGUGCCACCGGUAUCAGGUAGCAAUUCAGCCCCUGUAGGAAGGACCCAUCUCCAGCCUUCUGUUUGUCUUUGGAUGCAGGGAUUUCCUGCUGCGAUAUACUUGGGUAAAAAUGAGUACUGUUAUUUAUUUGGUUUAGAGGGUUUGAUGUUUUUGUUUGGUUUUGAGCACAAGGAACUACAACACCAGCAUGGAAGUAGCACUGGAAAAACUGGUUAAAGAGAAGCUGCAGUGGAGGCUUUGUAACAGAGCUUGGGUUCUGUGGAGCCUGUGGUCCCUCUUGGGAACUUCUCGCCACCCGACAGAACCUAGGCCUCUCUUCCCCCCACUCUCACUUUCCUUUGCCUCAGCCACAAGGCAUUUUAAGUGGCAGCAUUCGUGCUCUCCUUGAAGCCUAAUGGCUCUUCAGAUUCUAAGCAAGGUCCUUCCAGAAUUCAGGGCCUGGGAAGAUAGAGACUAGACCUUUUAUUGGGACCUUUUGUGAACCAAGGACAGAGGAAGGUAGAGCACAAUUGGGAAGCAGUCCCACUGCCGGCUUUCCUGCUUUCUGAGCUGUGUUCUAGCUUUCCUUUCACAAGCCAGGAAGGCAAGAGGGAAGACUUUAAUCCAACCAAGAUGAGCCAUUGUAAAGGAAAGGCCUGCAGCUGGCAGUUGGGAAGUUUGUCCCAAAGAUAAUGGUAUGGGGAAGGAGGGAAACUCAGAGAGGAGACAAUGGCUUUUUCUUAGAAAGAAAAUUUCAUUUCUUCUUAUAAAAAUGGCUAGUUUUACCAAGCUUACUAAUAUUCUAGAUUAAAUUAAGUGUUUAAAUAGUGAAGUAUGUGCAUAUGUGUAUUUCUCACCAUGGAGAUAGACAUGUGCAUGUAUGUACACAUAGGCCCAUGAAUGUAUAAACAGUGUUGCUUAGUGGGAACAAGGAAUGUUUGGUGUCAGAAAGACCUGGAUCUAAGUCUUGCCUAUGACAAAGGACGUAUCAUUUAACUUCCCAAUGUCCCCAGGCAACUGGCUAUGAUUGUAAAUUAUGAAAGAAUUGCCAAAUCUGCAUUGGGAGAAGGAGCUGCCAUGUCAGUAGUUCCUCACACUGAUAAAAUCACCAGUCUGCAUGACCAAAAAGCAGUGGUUGGAUGGAUGGAUGUACACACUUACAUACACAUAUGCCUCCUUGUUGGGGGGGGGGUGGAAAGCCUUGGCUUUGGAGUCGAGAUCUGGCUUCAAAUUCUGGCUUUGCCUCCGUAACCUUGAGUGAAUCGCAUCGUUUCUUUCGGCCUUUGUUUCCUCACCUCUAAAAGCAAGGGACUAAACUAGAUAUUUAUUU